UCUUAAUUAGAAUUUCAUUUAUAUUAUAUUACUAUUUCAGUAAUAUUACUGAAUUUGUGUUUUCGAUAUUUAUAAUACUUAUUUUUACUAAUGAGCAUUUAAAACAAAGUACCUUGUUUUAUACUGUUUUGGUUGAAAAGUUUUUAGUAAACUUUCAUUAAAUUUUACCAUGUCUCAUCUUCGGGCACUUAUAGGUCCUUCUAUUCUCAAUUCAGAUUUAUCCAAAUUAUACGAAGAAUCUCAAAAAUUACUUGACAAUGGUGCAGAUUAUUUACAUUUAGACGUAAUGGAUGGGCAUUUUGUACCAAACUUAACUUUCGGCCAUCCCGUGGUAAAAUGCCUCCGGUCUAAAAUUAAAGAUGCUUUUUUUGAAACUCACAUGAUGGUUUCUAAACCAGAACAGUGGAUUAUUCCAAUGGCAGAUGCUGGUGUUAAUCAAUACACAUUCCAUAUUGAACCAGUGAAUAAUGUUGAAGAUAUAUGUAGAAAAAUCAAAGAACAUGGAAUGAAGGUUGGAUUAGCAAUAAAACCUGGUACACCAGUUGCUGAAGUAGAGAAGUAUGUAAAUAUAUCAGAUAUGGUACUGAUUAUGACUGUGGAACCAGGGUUUGGAGGCCAGAAAUUCAUGGAAGACCAAAUGGCAAAAGUAAAGCAUUUGAGAGAUCACUAUCCUUUGUUAAAUAUUGAGGUUGAUGGUGGAGUUGGACCAUCAACUAUAGGUUGUUGUGCCACUGCUGGUGCUAAUAUGAUAGUAUCAGGAACAGCAGUCACAGGUGCUGAAAAUCAAGCUGCUACUAUAAAGUUAUUACGGGACACUGUACAACAAGCCAUCAUAAAAUUAUAACAAGUGCUAAUUUGGAUUUCUAUACACAUUUAUGUUUGUUGCAUACAUAAUUGUAAUAUUGUCUUCCAAAACAAUAACUAUAAGGAAAAUUGAGCAAUA